UUUUAACUCCUGAAGGGACAUUUGACCUUAAGACUUAUUGAGACAACAACGGCCAUCAAGCAUUUUUUCGGCAUCAAUGGACGAUCUGGAUAAAAGAGGGAAAAUGGCACGAAUUAAAAAAAAAUAAUUGUGUUUUUGUUCUGGCAAGAGCGCUUAUAUCAUGGAAAAGAGCAUUUUAAGUAUCAGUUCAGCAGCUGGGUUAUCAGUGUCGCCACAGACGCCGGUCUCUGAUCAGGUGACAGGGCCGCUGCAACCGCGUGCCGGCAGGUGGCUCGAGCCGGAGGACGGGACCGGACGGAAAAGCGCCCAGGACGCCGCCAGUACAGAGAAGGACCACAAGACAGAAUCAGACUAUUUGAAGGCUGAGACUUCAUCACCAUUCAGCCUUCAGGAGUCGGCAGAUGCAAUCAUUUCUGUCCAUAUGUUAGAAUGUAAAACAAGUCUUCUUGAAGCCGUUGAGGAGUUACGCAUCCGCAGGGAUGCCGAAAUACGUUUUGAAGACCAGAUUAAUAAACUUGUGCUGGAAAAACAAGAAUUAGAAUGGGAAAAGGAAUCCCUUCAAAAUCAAACAGAUACUUUAAAAAGUCAGCAGACAGAUGCUUUAACUGCUCUCAAGAAAAAGUUUCAGGCAAGAAUCAGAGGAAUUGAAGGAGAGAAGGGAAAACAUCAACUAACAACAGAAUUAAGGGAUAAAGAGAUCAAUAGUCUCAAGGAAGAGCUAAAAUCACUGCAGGUGUUCAAGUUCAGUUUGCAGAAGAAACUAAGUGAACUGGAGCAGAAACUACAGUUGCAGACUCAAACCAAGGACAAUCACCUAAACCAGAUAAGCGAAGCUGAAAAACGUUUUGAAACCAUUUCUCGUCAGUGUGUUAUGGUUAAGCAGUUUCAUGAGAAACUAGAACAAAAUGUUGAAGAAGCGAUGAGGCUAAAUAAAAAACUUACUCUUCUGAAUUACAAUCAAGAAGCCACCAUAUUCAGAUUGAAAAAGGAUAUUGAGAAACUUAAUAAAGAGCUAAUUAAAUCCAGAGUGUCAUCUCAUUGCAAAAGGGGAGAUGAAAGCAUGCAUCGCACAUUACAGGAGCAAGAGAUACAGCAGCUUCAACACAAACUUCUUGUGGAAACAGAAAUGACCAAAAGGCUGACUAAAGAGAAUGCCACCAUACGAGAAGAAAAACAGGAGGUUAUGAACUCCCUAAAGCAUGCCCAGCAGCUGCUGCAACGACAGACUGAGGCAAUUGGUAGAGUGGAACUGGAGUUGAAUGCUCAGAGAGAGGAACAUCAGGCCCUUAAAAGAGACAAUGAACUGUUCAGAGAGAAGAUCAAAGAAAAAGAAGACAAAUUUAUCAGUCUAACAGAGGAAUGCCAAAAUUCUAAAGCAAUUUGGGAAAAAGAGCAGAUGAGAUUACAGGAGAAAAUUCAGCAAACACAGGAAAAGCUCAGAUCUCACAAGGAAGCAUAUGAUUAUCUCCAUGAGCAGCACAACCAGCUAUCAUCCUGCAGUGUCCAGCAAGCAGAGCAAAUACAAAUGCUAAAGCAUAAUUUAAAAGUUUUCAGCGUUGAUGUAAAGCCCAAAAAGCACAAUGGCUCUGAUAAUGAGAUUAAAGAAGUGUGUGCUCCAAGACAUGAAGUAAACUCGCCUUUAAUAAAUGAUUCCCAAAGUAAAGCAGUUGUAUUACAAAGCAACAAUACGCAGAGUUUACAGGAUAUUGAUAUUGAGGAAAAAAACAUUAUUGAACAUUUCAAAGAUAAAUGUACAUUUGCUAGUUCCAAGGAGCCUGCAGAGACAGUGAAUGAUGAACUUUCAAAAGCAGACUACUGUGUGGUUAUCAAUGUGCAGACUGAUGAUGUUUAUGCUUCUGGAAGCAAAGACACAGGAGGGACUAAGAACAUUUGCUCUACUAUAGACCUUGCCAGUACAACUCUCAAGCCACAAGGAAGUCCUGAUACUUUGGCAGAAGUCCCAGUUACAGAAACUAUGAUUUUAGACAGUGCUGAUGCAUUAGGUGUCUAUAGUGCAGAUACAGGUCAGCAGACAGACUCCAGCAAACAUAAAUCUGGCAUUGGUGAAAGUCAUCUAGUUUAUGGUAUGCUUGAUAAGAGCUCUACAGCGACCACAAUGCUUUGCAACAAAGGUGACUUUAUAAGUGAGCUACCCAGUCCCAAAGGCAGUUGUGUUUAUCACAAUGAAGUUGACCCAGUAACUGCACACAAGGACUGUCAGCAUGAGCUGGCUGAAGGCAGCCCUGAACUCAAAACACAAGUGGCAGCUAAAGAUGAUGAAGACAACCAGAAAUGUUCAGAAUCCAAGUUAAGUAAUGUUACAGAAGUUCCUGAAGUGAAAAGUGCUUUAAAUGAAAUGUAUCCAACCAAUCUUGUAGCUUCUGAAAUUCUUGGCGGGUUUAGGACUCCUUUGCAAAAUGACCCUAAACUUAAAAAAAUAACAUCUCGUUUUAUUAAAGAAAAAUCUGGAUUUAACAGAUCUGACCCAGCAGAUGCCACAAAACGCAUAAUGACCAUAUCUCAGUGUUAUAGCAAACUGGAAGUCAAGGACCAGAUGACAACAGAAACUGAUGACAGAAGGGACAAAACACCAAGCAGCCAACCAGCUACAAAUGACUCAGAAACAAAACUAUCAAAUCAGUCAGAAACCAUUGAAAAAAACAUAAAUUCUGCAGCUCACAAUCGGUCAGAAAACAAAUCUUUGGUCCAGACAGUCACUCCAGAUGUUAAAAAGACAUGUACAGAGACGGAUUCUAAUGUUGACAGUGGAAGGGGAACAAUAUUUGAAAGUGAUCAGAGCAGUAUAUCUCAUUCUAUGUACAAAUUAAAUGAAGGAAUCCUCCCAUGUACUAAUUACAGUGAAGCACAUAAAAACAAAAGUUUCAAAAAAGAAAUCCUCAUGCCUAGGGCUGAAAAGACCAAUCUCAACGAACACCAAGAAGACAGCACAAAGAAUGCAAAUGGCGAAAUAUAUUUUCCUUCUUCUGACACUAUGUUCACUUCUGAAAGCAAAAAAAUUAGAUCAGCAUUUGAGUUAAGACCUUUAAAAAAUAUACAGUUCCCAACUUCCCAGAAAUCCCAUGAUAUUCAUUCUUCUGUGAAAGUGGAUCAAGAUGUUAACAGCCAGACCUCAACACCUUUAAUACCAUCUUGUUUAAAAAGAGAUACUGUUUUGCCUCCUGCAUUGCAUGAGGUGUUUUCAACUAAAACAAAUCCCAAAUUGUAUCAGGAUGAGGAACAAAAUGAGAAAGAUUCCCCCACAAUUAAAAGGGCUGCUGACAUGUUGAAUACUUCCAGUAUUCAUCCUUGCCACAAGAGAGAUCCUAGAGACGAGUGGAAUGCAAUAGCACAGACUUUUUGUGAAAUCUCAGCAGAACAUAAGACCACUGAGGUUCUAAAGGUUCCAGUUUCUUAUAGCUAUAUGCCUACACCAGCAGUAUCCAUAUUAAAAAAAGAUUCCUCCAUCAACGUUUAUGCAGAGCCAGAAAAAAACACUCCAGCAGCAUGUUUAAAUUCCCCCAACAAACGUAAUGAUACUUCUGCAAUGAGUCCCGAGAGUGUUUCAGCCAAGUCUGAUGAAGACCUGGAAUUUCAGCAGAGAAUUCAUGACGAAGUCAGCAAGAUACAGAAAUUUCUGAUUUUAGAGAGACUCAGAUGCACAAGGAAACGGAAAAAGGAUGAAAGAGUAGAGGAAAUUCAUUAGUGUUAUAUUGUUCGUUGCUCUGUUGCUAUUCCCCUUUAAAACUUUCUCAGCUACAAACCAAAAACAAUUUACCAGUUGUUUUACAUGUAAGCAGAGAAAAGUCGCAGUUUGGUAUAAGCAGAUAAGGUAUGAAUUCACCAAAAAUUAAAUUUACCAACUUUUCUUUGCUUGUUAUUGACAAAUGUGUUCUGUUACCUUCAACUUUUGCACUAUUUGCAGUGUUGUUAGUGUAAAGCUUAUGUCCUGUUAAAUCUUUAAGUCUGUUGCAGCAAUGACAACAUUGUCAGAAUGUGUUUGUUUCUUCUAAGGAAAACUCAUCUAGGACUUUGUAGCAUAAAGAGAAUUCAGAAUUAUUCUAGACAUGCAAAUGUUAUGGUUGAACUUUAUUUUUCUUCUUCAGAUUUUUAAUAUGAUGCUCUAACUUUCAUGACCAAUAAAUUAAUCAAAAAUGA